AAAUGUGUUCGAAGCAGGAAGCGGAGUUGUCGGACCUAACCGUCGAAGCGGAGGUUUUAGAUACGGAAGAAGUGGCCGUGGUAGACCUUCUCACCUCAUUUGGAUUAUCGUUAGAUGUUAUUGGUUUGUUCAUAGAUAACCGCUACACUCUCGAGUCGUUGAAAAUUGUGGAAAGGAAGGAGCUGGAGGAAUUAAUCCAAUCUCCACAUCUGGCUGAAAGAUCCAAGUGCAUUUUUGGGUUAAAUUCUUGGCGAGAGAAACAGGGAAUUCAUCCUGUCACAUGCAUAAAAUGUCAGCAUUCGUCAACGUCUGCUGCAGCUGACCUUCCACCGGAAAUAUCUCGUGAAAAGUGCACAGCCACUUAUUUGUUGAACACGUCUUCAAAAGGUCGCGGGAUUAUUGAAAAUUAUAAACAAACUGGUUAUCUGACCCGGACGAACAAGAAGGCUAUCACUCACAUCAUCAUUGACGAAUUCAAGGAUCGGUUUUCAAAAUUAACACCAGUUGAACUCUUGGGCAGGUCAUUGGAACUGAGCCAGAUAUUCCCGAGUGAACCACAGGAUACUUGGUACCAGCCUGCAUCAAAAUAUAGCAACGGUCAGACAAUCAAAAAACGCAAGGUGGCUAGAGGUUGCUUGUACGAUCGGAACGUGAACUAUAAAGGGUGUUCCAAACACUUGGCUUCGUUGACUGAGAGUGAAGGUUCCUCAUCACGGGUAACUAACGAAUCCAUCGAGAUUUUUUCGGAAAAUCAAUGUAAGAACAUUUUUAACUUGAUAAAAAAGACACUAAUAUAAAGAUUAUAACAGGUGCGGAAUACGAGAAUGUUAAAAAAUGGUUUUUGCAUAACAUCGAUGAAUGGGAGGAGUUAAAAAAAAGAUGGAAGUCAACUAGUGCGAUUCGAUUGUGGGAACUACUCAAGCUAUCAA